CUUUCUUUCAUUCUUUCUUCUCAACUCUCUCGGUCCACUCUCCACUAGCUUCUUAAUCAUGGAGAAUGCUUACUCACAGGCUGCGGUGGCACCAGCUAUGCCUUCCCACGAAGAUAUCGACGCCAGCACAUCAAUCACUCCAACACUAGAUACCAACACCACCACCACAUCAGCCACCCCAGCGCCGAUUACAGAUGUAUCAGAUUCAGCUUUCGAACGAUCGAAGUCGAUCAAAAGGCUGCAGGCUGAUCCGGCUACAGUAAAUACAUCCACUGGGUCUGUUCCUGAGUUGGAUGACAGGCAUCUGCAUGCUAUCGUGGGACAACAUCUCAUCACUACACCUCUCCCGGACACCAAUGGGAGUUCACUUGCCCAACCACUUCCCAGCGAUAGUCCACCAAAGAGUAUUAAUGAUGCUAAUCUUCUCGAAAGACAACGUUCAGCCAACUCCACAAACGCUAUAACAUCUGCAGCCUCAACCUUCGAGGCUACAGUUCCAGAAAGCUCCAUUGGGUGGAACCCACAUCUUCAGCUCCAGGGGGGUGCUGAUGCUAAUGACAUCUACAAGUGGCACGCAAAAGAGACAAGACGGCAGCUUGGGCCCAGGGCUCACACCUACCACGCGCCUCAUACCAAAGUCCCAGGUAUAUCCGCGAUUAAGCUGCCAGGUGGAUUCCGCCGCCAUUUCUUGCAGCAGGACGCAGCAGCCCGAGGAGUGGCUGCACCAAAGUUACCAACAAAGUCCUUUAUUCACUAUCUUGGGCUAUUUAGUAUGUACGAAUUCGAUCAUUUUGCUGGGGAGAACUUUCAAUCGAUUCCAAGAAGGUCCAUUAUUGUGCCUAAGGAUCCUGAAAAACGGAGAAGGUCUUUAGCUACAGUCGGUAGUCAUCGGUAUUUUAUGCAUAGUGAUGAGGUCCAGGAAGAUGAGGAAGUUAUUGAGGAGCCUGAAGAAUUGAUCUCAUUCUCCAAGGCUGUUGGCAUGUUGUUUAAAACAUUUAUUGCAAGUGGUAUCCUCUUUCUACCAAAUGCAUUCAAGAACGGUGGCAUACUCUUUGCACCGAUCUUCAUGACCUUGAUCGCUAUAUUAUGCCUGCAUUCCUUCUUGUUGCUAGUUCAAUGUCGCGAACUGCAUCCAGGCUCAUAUGGUGAUAUUGGCCAGCGUUUUUACGGCCGAUGGAUGCGUUACAUUGUCUUGUUUGCCAUUGCCAUCUCACAAUUUGGCUUCUGUUGUGGCUAUUGUAUUUUUUUUGCGCAACAGUUCGCUAUUGUAGUAAAAAGCUUGGGCGGUGCCGACCUGGACAAAAUCGUCUGGAUUGCCAUUUUUUUCGUUAUUCUAAUUCCCUUCACAUUGCUACGUAAUAUUGGAAAAUUGGGCUUCAGUACUCUGGUUGCGGAUCUUUGUAUCAUUGUUGGAUUGAUCUACUUGUACACCUACGAUAUCAAAGAGCUUGUCAUCAAUCAAGGGUCUCCUACUCCCCUUCGCCUCUUUAAUAGUAAUGAUUUUGGAGUUUUCAUCGGCACAGCUGUAUUUUCUUACGAAGGAAUUGGGAUGGUUAUCCCCAUUUGCGGUAGCAUGGCCAACCCUAAGCAGUUCCCACGUGCUCUUACCAUUGUCUUGGCUGUAGUCUGUGUAUUAUUGGUUAGCUUCGGUGUAUUAGGGUAUGCUGCUUAUGGCGAUCAAGUUCAUACAAUCGUCCUUGAUAAUCUGCCAAACAAUACUGGGGGAGAGAAGGCAGGCAAAAACGCGAUCCAGUUGCUCUAUAUCAUUGCAAUUUACCUUACAACACCACUAAUGUUAUUUCCUUGUAUCCGCAUUGUUGAGCAUGCUGUGUUUAAGGUAGUUGGAGACGAAUCUUCAGGCAAGGUGAGGAUGUUGAAGGAGAACAUUAUACGUAUCGUCAUCGACUUUGCGGUGGCAGCUGUUGCAUAUGCAGGCUACACCAAGCUCGAUAUCUUUAUUUCGUUCAUCGGUUCCUUUGCCUGCGCUCCCUUGCUCUUUAUUUUUCCGCCCCUGUUCCACUUGCGCGCCUUCCCUGGGCAGCCCUUGUGGCGCAAGAUCAGUAGUAUUGUGCUGAUCCUGUUUGGUUUCCUAGUCUUUUUUUACACCCUUAUCAUUAAUAUCCAGUCUUUCUCAAAGGACUAAUCGCUACAUGUUGCACAGUAAAGAAAAUUAAAAUUCAAUUUCCG